CUUGUCAUACUGUGACAUUCAUUCAAGAAAUUCCGCUUUUUCCAGGAAAAGAAUCAUAACAUUAGCAAGAGGAACCUAGUGAAACUAAAAGAAACUGUAAAACUGCAGUUUCUAAGCUUUCGUCACUCGCAACGAAAGAAUAGAGUGGUGACAUUUCGAAAAUCAGUAGCAAAACCUGCUUGGCAACUGUAAAUCUCCUCCUAACAAGUUUAUUACAGCUUCACGGAAGCGAUCCAUAUGCAUAUUUUAUAGUCACGAUACAAUUUCCCGGAAAACCAGCUUCCGCAGUAUACUUAUAACGUGUAGCUCAUCGGCGAAAGGUCUUCGAAAGAACGCUUAAGAUCAGUUAAACCAUUGCUUGUAGUGAUGCCGUGGUGGAAGUCAUCUGAGUCGCAGCGACGGGAUUUUGAGGUGGUAAUCUACGAAAAGGAUUACAAACAGCUAUGCGCUUGGGUACUCAAGAAGACGAACAUCGAGACUGGAGGAGAUCUGUUUGGUUUGUGGGCUGACAAACACACUGCUGUUAUUCAGUUCGUUGUCGGUCCUGGCAAAGGAUGUCGAAGAUCUUCGGUAUCUUUCUACCAAGAUAUUAGCUACUUGGAAGAGAUUGGUUCGCACAUGACAAAACAUGAAGGCGUUUGUCAUAUUGGCGAGUGGCAUUCUCAUCAUCAACUUGGUCUCGCCAGGCCGAGCGGGGGAGACGAGAAUACUGUGUGGAACAACAUGCCCACCUACAACUUGAAGAGGUUCGUGAUAUUCAUCGCCAACAUUGAGUCGUCGCGACAGAACUCCUACAAUGUGAACAUUGGCUGCUUUCUGUUUGAACUUGAGAUUGUCAAAGGCAAAGGGGAACAACUUCCAGUGUUGCAAGGAACUUUCAAGAUACUGCCAAAAGAGAGUCCAUUUAAUGGGAAACUGUCGGAGAAGAGAAACGAAGGUGCAGAGAAGGAUAACGAGAAAGACAUAGAAAUGAAAGAUAUAAAGAUGGAGAUAUUGCCUGAACGACCCCCCCUAGUAAUUUAUGCCAUAAAAUCAUCCUCCUCCUUGCGGUACAAGAGGCAUCAACCCAGUGAUGAAAAAUCAGGGAAUCAAACGGCAAACGAGAAGAAGAAAUCGAAAAUAGACGAGACAGCCACUUCCGCUGGUGACAAAACCGCUCAGGGAAAUGAAAACGUGACACCAGAUGACUCUAAAAGAGGAACAGCCACUAGUGAUUCAAAUGAUCGAAAUGAUUCCCAUAGAAGCCAAAAGUCAAGUGGAGUGCGAAAAAAUGACGAGGGAAAUGCAGAGACAAGUAGAGAAGAAGAAACAAACUCAGCAGGUGACCCACAGCCUCCGGAAAAAAAAAAGGUGCAUGAAGUUCAACCCGGCAAUCAACAGUCGGAGGGUGACGCAAAUUACAGUUGCAGUGCUUCCCAUAAUAAGAUCCAAGAGCAGAAGGAUGGCAAGGUAAAUGAAAAGCCAAGCGAAGCAGAAUGCGAAAACUCAACAGAUGCAAAUGAUCAGAACGCCUCUAAUGAUAAGACUCAACAAGGAAACCCAAGCGUAGAGUCAAACAGUGACAGGCGGGAAGCAAAGACAGAAGGAGGAAAAUCAACAGAUGACCCACAGCAUUUAAAAGGAGACCAAAACCAUGAACCUCAACCUCCCAGUCCAGUUCUGGAAGGCGAUGCAACUGAUCACAACGCUUCCAAAGAUAAGACCCAUGAAGAGGACACAAGUGAAAAGUCGCCGAAAGACGGGGCGAAAGCACUGACAGAAGGAGGAAAAUCAAGAAAGGACGCAGAGCCACCUCAUGAAGAACCGAACAAGACUUUCGAUCAGGUUAAUAAGGAUCAAACCUCAAGACCAAAAGAACCUGUGUCAGUGCAAGGGGAGGCGCCUCCGGUAGAAAAACAGGCCAAAUCCAUGAGUCAGACGUCGAAAGGUGAUGCUAACAAGCAUGAGAAUCCACAGAAUAGCCUGGAAGACCAAACAGUACAAGAAAAGAAAAGUAAAGUCGACAAGAAAGAUGGGGGCAGUGCAAGAAAAGAAAAGCAAGCAAAACCAGUGGAAGAAAAGAAAAGUAAAGUCGACAAGAAAGAUGGAAGACACCAUGGACCGCCAGGAAGAGCAAAACCACAGAAACAACAAGCGGCUAAAGAUGCCAAGAAAGAUAGCAAAGGCAAGGGCGGCAGUCAAAAGAAAGACGGCUUCACAGCUGGAACCAAACUCUAACCCAAACAGACCACCAAAAUGAAUUACAACCAAGUUGAACAGAGACAUUAUUCAUCCCUUAACUCAUGGAACUCUGAGCUUUGCACUAACGCCGUGACAGCUGUUUAUAGCGGUACUCUUAUGUUUACAUUAUUCAAAUAUCGCAAUUUCCGCUGCACAACUGAAAGUAAUCAGCCAUUACCUAUAUUAAACUUUCCUUAGCUUUUCGAUUGGUCAAGAGAACUUUGUACCUCUCUUAACCAAUCGAUAAAAAAUAUCCCGACUCAGGAACGUACGUUUCCUUGCGCUCGAGUUCUCUUACUAGUCCUCGCUUUGGGUUCUCAGUGGCUCCUAGUGAUAUUUUCCUUGUUGUAAUUGGCUCAUGUGAAAUUUUCCUCGUUUAUGAUUGGCCACUUAUUCUUUUUUUUUUUAAAUCAGUUUUAUUGUGUAUGACUUAUAGAAGUCGUAGACCCAAUAGGGUUGGUGCAAACAGGACACAAGGACCGAUGCGAGGCACCGCCCUUUAGAAAGGCACUUCGGGAGUAAAGUGUUUUGCCCAAGAACACAACACAUUCACAAGGCCAGGUGUCGAAACCGGACUGACCAUGAGGCCACUGUGCCUCCCACGUAUUGUGAUAACUAUGGUCUUGGACUCAAAAUAUUAAUCCAAAAGGGCUCUUCGUCCUGCAAUAAAUCGUGUGUAACGGACCAUCGGAUUUUUAACCCUGUUUCCCUGAUACAAAUAUUGAAGUUAUAGUCUCUGUUGAAAUUUUCAUAUCCCUAAAAACUUGAACAUCAGCGUAAAGUACAUGUUUAGUUUUACUCUCAGAAUCAGGGUACUUUAAGAGGAAUUCAGAGAAAGCUUUUGUCUGUUUUAACCUACCUGAAAAUGGCAGCAGCUGAACACAAUGAAAUCAUUGACUACCUUGUUUACAUGAUUCUCCAAAGAAUACUUAUGCAUUAAGAUACACAAAAGUGCUGA